UCAGUCGGGCAUUUUCUGACAAGCGUAGAAAAACUUCUCGUCAACAGCCGCCGCCAUUUUACGUUAGCCGAUACUUGUGCGGUGCGGAACACUUCGCGAUCGCUUUUCCCGUGCGAAUUUCUGUGGCGGGCGCGGUGGCCGCACCUGUGCCGAUACGUGCGAUCGUGUUCGCGUGCUCGCGCCCGUAAAUAACGUGCGAGCGUGCGGGGAAAGCGGCCCACGGCCGCGCUGGUCGUUCGCGCGCCCCGUGUGUCGCAGUGUGCCGAGCCGAGAGAGAAGAGGAGAGGUAGAAGAUGGUGCCAGCGGGCCUCGGCUGCGAUAUCGUCGCUGCGAGCUAGCGCCGUGCGCGCAGCCAGUACGCCGCGGUGUCGAGCGUUUGACGAGUCGUACUGUGGGACGAGAGUGCGUUUACCGCCGAACGAGCGCAUAAACGUGUGUGCGCCGCUCGUUCUCCGCGAGAGAGGAGAGCGCGAGAGAGCGCGAGAGAGCGGGAGAGCGCGAAUCGAAUCCAGUCGAGUGCUAUCGAGUCGAGCCGAGAGUCGUGUCAGAGCGUCGCGCGCUCACCGUCUCGCGACAGAGACCAGCAGCGGAUCGGCUCGUUCCUUGUGCGAUCCGACGACGUCGUGGUCCCGCUAGUCUUUGUUGUUCCCGUCACGUAGCGUAAGGGCACUAGUGAUCCGAGUGUUCGACGACGCGACGCGACGCUACGCGCCGCGGCAGUCGUCCUGUCGUCGUUCACCGGACAUCUACUAGGAGAGCCAGAGAUCAUUCGCCGCGGUGUGUGCCCUCCGUGUGUGUGUGUGUGUGUGCGCGCGCGUGUGUGUGUGGCUACGUCCGUGCGUGGUGCCAGUGUGCUGUGGGCUUUCGCGCCCUAGGAUUUGACGUACCUCGAUGACGACGAUGCCCAAUGGUUGAACGUGCGUCAAACCGUGUUCCACGGGGACGCUCCACGCGCCGCGGUUGUCAUUGUUAUUGUCAUGCUCGCGAGUACGAUUGCGGCACGGUGAACUUGUUACGAGGCCUCGCCGUCGAUAGGCCAGAGGCGGCAGCAGCAGCCGCAGCACCACCACCAGCAGCAACGGCGACAGCGGCAGCGGCGGAGCUGCCGACGACGGUGACGGCGGAAGCGGCGUUCUAGUGGCGCGCAGCGAUCGAGAGUUCGAGAACGCGAGCGAGCGAGCGAACGAGCGAGCGAAGGAGAAGAGGUGCGCGACCAGCGAGCUCUUCGCUGCUGCACGGCGCCGCUACUACGACGUGCCGUGUUACGCGCGUACGUUGUGCACGAUCGGCUAUACGCUGCCACCGCUCCGCUGCUCGUGAUCGGCAACGGAGCGUCGUGAGAGGUUAUACGGAGGGAAGAUAACAGCCGCCAUCGAGGAGCAGCCAUGGCCGACCACCUGGUCGACGGCCCGCCGAACAAACGGCCGAAACUCGGGGAUCCCUUUCAGGGCCCCUCGGAUUCAGCAGUGGGUAUGGCGCCUUUAAUGAUGCACCAUGCUUAUACGAACUACGGGGGAGGUGGAAGUGGUAACAUGCAACAAAUACAGGGUCCAUCGCAGCAGCUACAUCUGCAACAGCAUCAGCUGCAACAACAAUGGAACAACCAUACCGUCCAAAAAAGAAAUUACAUGACAAACACAGAUAUGUUUGAUAUUGAAAAUGAUCUUCCUGAUGACCUGCUGGCGCCGCCACCUUGGGGAUCUGCACCCGAGAGUACUAAGCCACCGGCGACUGGCCCCGGUCCGGGGCAACAAAACGGUGCUCUCGACUCAGAACUUAGGCAACAUGUACAGCAACAGCAGCAGCAGCAGCAACUCUCACAUCAUAUUAUCCAGCAACAAGUAUGUUUGGUUCAGACCAAUUGUUCAAUCCAUCUUCAUGAUACUUUACAUGUGACCAUUGAACAGGGCAACAAAAACUUGGUGGCGAAUUCGUUAGUAAUGACUGCUGGACCUUUGGGCAGCAAAAGUCCGAACAUGCAAUCGCCGCCAAACGUUUCUGUCUCUAAAGGCGUAGUCGACCCGCAGAUGGUCGUGAGUCUUGGGAAUUUACCGAGCAGCAUAGCCAGUUCGUUGGCUAACAAUCAAAUGUCUAUCGCGAAUUCGAUGGGUGGUCUGCAGUCGUCCAUGAGUAUGGCCGGUAGUAACCCUGUGAUGUCUAUGCCGGGUGGUAUGAAUUCUGGCUUAGUAAUGACUAGUACAGCUAGUGGUAACAACAACAUGGGAGGAAUGGCCGGGGGAGGCUUAAUAGUAACCAACAGUUUGAACAAAACACCUCAGAAUACAGUAACUAUGAUGGGACCUAAUACUCAAGCGAUACAUCAUCCUAGCGGACCUCACGGGGUCACACAGAUGCAAAAUGGUCCUGGGAUGUUGAACACGCGGGCUGUAGCGAUGCAACAGCAACAACAAGCGGCGGCGGCGGCGGCUCAUAUGGUCGGGUCGGCGAGAGGGCAGAGUCCUCACCAACAGGUACAUCAAGUUGGCAUAGUUGGUCCUGGUCAAGGUCCUAGAAUGCAAGCUCCACCUAACAUGGCAAAUAUGCCCAACAUGGGGCAAAUAGGCGCGUCCAGUCCAUAUGGAUACGGUUCGCCAAAUAACGGACCAGGACCAGGAGUAACUGUAUGCGCCAAUAAUCCCGUAGGUGUUGUCAAACCGCAGCAGAAAGGUGUGGGCACAAAUAUGACUGCUAUGCAAGCUGCCGGUAGAUUCACCGGAACUACCGGUCCCAUUGGUACCACCAAUAUCGUUGGUGGUCAGGAAAGCGGCAUGGCACAGCAGGCACAGCCGCCUGCGCCGAGUCCAGCUCAGCCCCAAUCGGGAGCGCCGAGCGGAGGACAACCAGGUCCGCAGCAAGCCACUCAGGGACAAAUGGCUGCCACUGCUGGUUCUGCUACCCCUGGCACUGCAAAAUCGACUCCGGAUCCGGAGAAAUGUAGACUCAUACAACAGCAGUUGGUACUCCUCUUGCACGCGCAUAAAUGUCAACGGCGCGAAAGCCAAGCAAAUGGCGAAAUAAGGCAGUGCACCUUGCCGGACUGCAAAACGAUGAAGAACGUCUUGAAUCACAUGACCAAUUGCCAAUCUGGUAAAAGUUGCACAGUGCCACAUUGUAGCAUGUCCAGGCAGAUUAUAAGUCAUUGGAGACAUUGCACACGAACCGAUUGUCCAGUUUGUUUACCAAUCAAGCAGGCGAAUAAGAACAGGACUAAUCCCGCGGCUGCCCCAGGAGCUCAACAAAGUAAUCAACAAAAUCCAAGCCCGUCGGAGAUGAGAAGAGCUUACGAUGCUCUAGGGAUUCAGUGUCCGACAACAACACCGGGACUACUGCCUCAAGGUGUUGGCAGAGGCGUUAGAAUGCCGACGCCUAGCAUGGCAGGGCCACCAGGGGCAUUGAGUAAUGUUAGAUUAACGCAACCUCAAACACAGACUACACCAGGACAGUCCGUAGUUGGUACUGGACAACAAGUAGUUGCUCCAAACGUAUCUCUUCCGUUAAAUUCUGAUCCUAGUACAGUUGGGGUUGCUGGCAAUCAAACAGCGCCGUCGACUGGACCCACGUCCGCUGCUGCGGCCGCUGCUGCUAAUAUACAACAGUCUGUCAAUAUGCAACAGCUGUUCGCAGGCCUGAAUGAAUCUGGGCAACCCGGUGUGAUAGGUGAAAACAGAUUGGCCAAUCUGCAAUUGCCGGGCGGUCUUCAGCCGGGUCAAGUAACAGCGACACCAGUGCAAGGAACGAAAGAGUGGCAUCAGUCGGUCACACCAGACCUCAGGAAUCAUCUCGUACAUAAAUUGGUCCAAGCAAUAUUCCCAACUCCUGACCCCCAAGCAAUGCUUGAUAAACGAAUGCACAAUUUAGUUGCAUAUGCAAGAAAAGUCGAAGGUGAUAUGUAUGAAAUGGCUAACUCGAGAUCGGAAUACUAUCAUCUGCUAGCUGAAAAGAUUUACAAGAUCCAGAAGGAACUUGAGGAAAAACGACGCAUUUUUUUGUACCAAAUAGAGGAAAAACGACAGAAACGGAAGGAGCAACAGCAACAGCAGCAGCAACAAUUGCAAGCGCAACAGCAACAGCAGCAGCAGCAACCGCCACCCGCGGGUACAUCUGGUCCUGGCUUAAGGCCGUGCGCUCCUCCUAGUGUAGGGACUGUUCUACCUGCGAAACCAGUCGGCACGGUACCACCGACCGUGCGAAGUCAUUCACCAGGCAUGGGUCAACUGGCGGCAUUACCUGGAAUGGCGAUCCAACACAAUCGGAUGCAAUUCCCGCAACAACAACAGGCACAGCAGCAGCAACAGCAGCCUCAACAGCCGCAACAACAAGUUCAAGCCCAACAACAGAUACAACAGCAACAACCGCAGCAGCAAGGAAUCUUGGUUGGUCCUCCAGGUCCUAGUCCAAAUGGACAAUCGACGUCCAACGCCAACAUGGUGCCCAAUCCUGGGCUCAGUCCCUUCGGACAGCCUCAGAUGUCACAGACUAACUUAACAACCACCACUGCCGCGUCCGCGACAACUAGUCAAUUUCCAACGUCCAAUGGCACUUCCGGUUUACCCAAUAGUUCUCCCAUUCAGAAUCAGCAUCAGUUUCCUGACCUUAUGAAAGUUAGAUUGGCUCAAGCUCAAGCUGCGCAACAGCAACAACAACAACAACAACAACAGCAGCAACAACAGCAGCAGCAGCAACAAGCGGUUCAGCAACAGCCGACGAGUACUUCGAGUCAGAGCACACCGGCGACGUCGAUACCACAAACUCCAUCGCCAUUCAGUAGUAUGCAACAGCAGCAACCACAACAGAGCACACCGCAGCAACCACAAAGUCAACAGUUCGCCAACAGCCGGCCAUUGUCAGCUUCUACACCCAAUGACAGUGCCAUCACUACAUCGACGCCGCAGACAAUACCUCCUCCUGCGUCUAGCGGACCAAGUCCGGGACCUGCGACGACGACUACCAAUGGACCUCAGUCCACCACUUCCACACCGAACACACCGUUAGUCCCGUCACUUAUGACUCCCAAUCAGACAGUCUCUUCCGCUAACCAAACUCCGCCUCAUCCAGGCACGACACCAUCGCCUGCGGGUCUCGCGAGUUUAGGCAAAGGUAUGACCUCGCAAGAGAGAGCGGCGCUAAACGCACCGAGAAGCACAUCCAUGUCUUCGCAGAUGGCUGCCAUCACGGCGGCCUUGGAUCGCGAUAAUUCGCCUAGUCCACCGAUGAAUAACAACAAAGGCAAGCUAGAUACCAUUAAAGAAGAGAAAGACAUCAAAAUGGAGAUAAAAAUGGAGAUCAAGCAGGAGGACGGUGCCGAAAAUCAUCGGAUGGAUUGCGGUAAGAGCGUGAAAAAUGAGAUCACCAUCAAGACUGAGCCGAAGACCGAGCCGAUGGAGGAAGACUCGAAUGAAACGACAGUGAAAGAAGAGCCUGCCAGUAUAAAAGAGGAGAGCAUGACUCCUAUGUCCGCUCAGGAUACGAGUGCUACUGACAUCAAACCAAUGGUGCCGGAACCGAUACAGCCUAGCGGGACGUCGACCGACAAGAAAAAGUGUUUGUUCAAACCCGACGAGUUACGUCAAGCGCUAAUGCCAACACUCGAGAAGCUAUAUCGGCAAGAUCCGGAGUCCAUACCGUUCCGACAACCAGUAGAUCCCCAAGCUCUAGGUAUACCGGAUUAUCCCACUAUUGUGAAGAAGCCCAUGGAUCUAUCGACCAUCAAGAAGAAAUUGGACACGGAGAAAUACAGCGAUCCGUGGGAGUACGUGGAUGACGUCUGGAUGAUGUUUGACAAUGCUUGGCUUUACAAUCGUAAAACAUCUCGUGUCUACAGAUAUUGCACCAAGCUCUCGGAAGUGUUCGAGCAAGAAAUAGAUCCUGUCAUGCAGGCCCUCGGAUACUGUUGCGGUCGGAAAUAUACGUUCAACCCGCAGGUGCUCUGUUGUUAUGGCAAGCAGUUGUGUACGAUACCCAGGGAUGCAAAGUAUUAUUCGUACCAGAACAGUUUAAAGGCAUAUGGUCUUAUUUCCGACAGAUACACCUUCUGUCAGAAAUGUUUCAACGACAUUCCUGGUGAUACAGUGACGUUGGGAGAUGAUCCGACACAGCCUCAAACUGCCAUCAAAAAGGAACAAUUCCAGGAGAUGAAGAAUGACCACUUGGAAUUGGAACCUUUUGUUACUUGUACGGACUGCGGUAGGAGAGUACAUCAAAUAUGUGUACUUCAUAUGGAAGCAAUCUGGCCAUUAGGAUUUACCUGUGAUAAUUGCUUAAAGAAGAAGGGUCAGAAACGUAAAGAGAACAAGUUUAACGCCAAACGAUUGCCUAUUACGAAACUCGGCACUUAUAUCGAGACGCGUGUGAACAACUUUCUUAAGAAGAAAGAAGCUGGUGCCGGUGAAGUCGCGAUCAGAGUGGUCGCGUCCAGUGAUAAAGUGGUCGAGGUUAAACCCGGCAUGCGUAGUAGAUUUGUCGAGAACGGUGAUAUGCCCGGCGAAUUUCCUUAUCGUGCAAAGGCGUUAUUCGCAUUUGAGGAAGUCGACGGCACAGACGUGUGUUUUUUCGGUAUGCAUGUGCAAGAGUAUGGAAGCGAAUGCACACCACCGAACACUAGACGAGUAUAUAUCGCGUAUUUGGACUCCGUGCACUUUUUCCGGCCUAGACAGUUUCGUACAGCUGUGUACCACGAGAUUCUUCUUGGAUAUCUGGACUACGCGAAGCAGCUUGGGUAUACUAUGGCGCACAUUUGGGCAUGUCCACCUUCCGAAGGGGACGAUUAUAUCUUCCACUGCCAUCCCCAAGAACAGAAAAUACCAAAGCCUAAAAGAUUGCAGGAGUGGUAUAAAAAGAUGUUGGAUAAGGGAAUGGUCGAAAGGAUUGUGCUCGACUACAAGGAUAUCUUAAAACAAGCCAUGGAAGACAGGCUUUCAUCUGCAGCAGACUUGCCGUACUUUGAAGGUGACUUCUGGCCGAAUGUGCUAGAAGAAAGUAUUAAAGAAUUAGAUCAAGAAGAGGAAGAAAAGCGAAAACAAGCUGAAGCGGCAGAAGCCGCCGCUGCAGCGGCAAACGCGAUAUUUUCGCUGUCUGAAGACUCUGAAACUCCGGACGGUAAGAAAAAGGGUCAAAAGAAGGCAAAGAAAUCCAACAAGUCUAAAGCGAAUCAAAGGAAGAAUAGUAAGAAAUCUAAUACUCCUCAGACUGGAAAUGAUCUCUCCGCAAAAAUUUUCGCAACCAUGGAGAAACACAAAGAAGUAUUUUUCGUUAUCAGGUUGCAUAGCGCCCAAAGUGCAGCCAGCUUGGCACCAAUCCAAGAUCCCGAUCCUGUAAUUAAUUGUGAUUUGAUGGACGGCCGAGAUGCCUUCCUUACUAUGGCGAGGGAAAGGCAUUACGAGUUCUCCUCACUAAGAAGAGCAAAGUUCAGUUCUAUGUCAAUGUUGUACGAGUUGCAUAAUCAAGGCCAAGACAAAUUCGUUUAUACUUGCAACAAUUGUAAGAGUCAUGUGGAGACUAGAUACCAUUGUACAGUUUGCGACGAUUUUGACUUAUGCGUUAGUUGUAAAGACAAAGAUGGUCAUCCGCAUCCUAUGGAAAAACUCGGUUUCGACUUGGACGACGGUUCAUCGCCGGCCGAUGCUAAACAAACAAAUCCACAAGAAGCUCGGAAACUGUCGAUACAAAGGUGCAUUCAAUCAUUGGUGCAUGGUUGCCAGUGCAGAGACGCUAAUUGUCGUCUGCCAAGUUGCCAGAGGAUGAAGAGAGUGGUAAUGCACACGAAGAAUUGUAAGAGAAAGACGAAUGGCGGAUGUCCGAUAUGCAAACAGUUGAUAGCGCUCUGUUGUUACCACGCGAAACACUGCCAAGAGACUAAGUGUCUUGUUCCGUUCUGCUCUAACAUCAAACAUAAAAUUAAGCAGCAACAGCUUCAGCAACGGUUACAACAGGCGCAAUUACUCAGGAGGCGAAUGGCUGUGAUGAACACGAGGCCGACUGGACCUAUGGCCGCAAUGCAGGCUGGACAGCAGACUUCAAAUGUCGCUAUGGCAACCGGAGUUGCUAUGAAGCCCGGUGUCAGCGCUACGAACUUACCAUCUCCGCAUCAACCAGGUAUUGGUCUGAAGCCUGGUACACAAACGCCGCCCGCUCACGUAUUGCAGGUGGUCAAGCAAGUGCAGGAGGAAGCUGCGAGGCAACAAGUACCUCAUGUUGGCUACGGCAAGGUUGCACCAACCAGUGCAGUCGGUGUAGGCGUUGGUGUGGGUGGACAAACCGGCGGUGUGAUGCCUCCGCCACAAAUGCAGCGACCUAUGCCAGUUCAAAUGGCGAAUCCUGGCGGCACACAUCUGAUUCCGAUGGAUCAAUGGACGGCGAGUAGGUACCAACCAAACGCAGUGAUGCAACAAAACACUGGCAUACGGCAGCAAACUCCGCAACAAUUGAUGCAGCAGCAGCAGCAACAGCAUCAAGCUCAGCCGGGAAUGGGAAUGAGCGCACAAAUGCCACGUCAACAGGGCGUGAUCGGACCGGUCGGGCAAGUCGGACCACAGGCUCAAAGCAAUAUGCAGAAGCAUGCAUUGCAGCAGCUGAUGCAGACUCUCAGAAGCCCGCAUACACCCGAACAGCAGAACCAAAUAUUGCAAAUACUCAAAAGCAAUCCGCCAUUGAUGGCCGCCUUCAUCAAACAACGGGCGAAUGUUCAUCAGCAACAACCUGGUCAGCAUGGCGGGGGUGUCGGCGGCCCAUUAGGUCCUAAUCAACCCCAACAACAACAACCUGGUUUACAGCAUAUGAUGUCCCAACAACAGCAGCAGCAGCAGCAACAACAACAGCAGCAGCAGCAGCAGCAGCAGCAGCAGCAACAGGCUCAACAGCAGCAACAGCAACAGGGCAGACUGCAAAUACAGGCAAUGCUGACGCAACAGGCGCAACAACAGCAACCGGUGCAGCCUCAGACACAAUGGUACAAGCAGCAGAUGAUGGUGCAGAUGCAACAGAGGCAGCAACAGGCCCAACAGCAGGCUCAACAACAGCAGCAGCAGCAGCAGCAGCAACAACAGCAGCAGCAGCCGUUCACUCAACCACCGGCGCCGCCGUAUGGUCAGCAACGGGCCGCAAUAAGGGCGCCUCUUCUCGGUAAUCAAUCGAUCUAUCGUUGUACCAUAGAAAACGAGGCACGCAAGGCCAACGGACCCAUGAUGAACAACACUAUGGGCUAUUUCGCGAAUUCAUCCCCAGGUUACGGUGGUUUCAACGAGCAAGGUUACGGUCAACAGGGCCUGAAACCGACUCCGCCACCCGUACCGUCACCACAGGGUGUGAUGGGACCACCGGGGAUUUCCGUGCAGCAACAGCUGAUGCAAGCGGUCCGUUCUCCGCCGCCCAAUCGAUCUCCCCAGCCCAACCCCUCGCCGCGACCAGUCCCCUCACCCCGUAAUCAGCCGGUACCCUCGCCGCGUUCCGGACCGGUGCCAUCGCCGCACCAUCAUCCUCCGCACGGCACACCUACCCAUUCGCCCGCUCACGAGCUCGGCGGUCCAAGCGAGAUGAUGCUCUCGCAGCUGAGUGGCGCAGCCGGGGCGCCUGCCGGUCAUCCCGCCACCAUGCCUCACCAUCCAUCACCGGCACCGGCGCCCUCGGCGAGCGGCACAGACUCCAGUGAGGUGACGCCGAUGACGCCACAAGACCAACUCUCCAAGUUCGUCGAGGGGUUGUAGUGACUGUUAGUGAUGGCGUCGGUUAAUGUAAGUGAAGACUCUCUUACGGCGCACGCACGGGCGACGCGUAUCGUUCUCCGCUACGCGUGUUAAACGCGGAACGUUCGCGGAACAGGUCCAUAGAUACGGUCAAUUCGUCGCUCCUUCGCGCGCGCGCGAUAUAUAAAGAGGGAAAGAAAGAACGAGAGACACCCACACGUGUGCUCCGCGCUUUCGUCGAGUGAUCGGGCACAGUCUGGUUGAACCCCAGACGUGCGUCGCGCUGUCCACGGGCCGAUUCCAAAGAGCGCGACCUUAGACACACGCUCGUAAUCGUUUCGCGUUCCUUCUCUUUCGAUUAUCCUCUACGCGAGAUGUCCUAAGUCGUAAAGGGAAUAGAGACAACGCCACAGUUGGUGCUGCUUCGAUGCUACGGCCCGGCUCAAAUAGAGACUCCAAGUGACGAGUCGUUUCGUCGUUCGUUCGGUCAGUCUCAUAGAGCGAGAGGGAGAAUAACCGGUAGAGCGACGAAAGAAAAAACAAUUCAAGACUAAAGACAAAAUCGAGAGACUACUAUUAAGUUUCCCUCGUAACCCUCCGAAAACCCUCCCUCCCCGCCACCACCACUUCCUCGCUGCUGCUCGCGCAGGCUGAGUGAAAUCGUACAAAUGUGUUGUGUAUACUUAACGUUAACUGAUAAUUAAUAGUUCAAAUACUAUUAGAGUGUAGUAAUUAUAUGCAAUUAUUAUACAACAACAUUAAUAUUAUCGUAUCGAGAUGCGAGAUAUAUAUGACGAAAAGAGAGAAAGAGAGAGAUGUAUGAAAGAUAAACAAUAUAGGGAAACUAGUAGCGUUGUAUGUAUGGGAGAGAGAGGUGAAGCAGAGAAUCUAGUUCGUUAAGUGAUACGUUCAUUUAAGGAAAAUCUUGUUAUUAAGAGAAUCCCGAUGGGCCGCCGAAGGGGUUAUGUACCUUAGCGCCAUGAAAUUUUAUGAAUUACGUCGCGGUACUCGCAUUCUCGAGCACGCGGAAUCGCCGAAAUCGAGAAUGAUGGUGAUUCUCUUGACAGAACGUAUUAAGCAUAAACGUAAAUUAACGUUGUCGCAACCAAAAACUAGAAAUUCACAACAGGCUGCUAUCUGCGUUGGGAGGAUUUAUGAUGGGUGUUAAAUUUGAUGAUAAAAAGAUAGAGGGGAAGAAAGAAACGAACAGUUUUUCCACAGUUGAGGGUCCAUGCGUGUACAGUCCAAUCAAAAUGUAGCUACGAAAGCGUAUUCGAUACGGGCCCUCGCGUGAAAACCGCUCUGUACAUAAUGCAUUAUUAUUAUUAAUAUUAUUAUUUUAAUAUUAUUAUUAAUAUUAUUAAUUACACGAUAUAGAAUAAUAACGAUUAUUACUUUACCUGCCUAUUUUUGAUUUAUUAUUAUUAUUAUUAAUAUUAUUAUAUUAUAUUAUAUAUUAUUAUUCUAUAUAUUAAUAUGAUGAAUUCAUAAAUAGAUAUAUUGUAAUAUUUGCAAAAAAUGAGAGAGAGAAAAUUUCACACGCGUUAUUACACGGGUCACUAGCACCCGCGUACAAAACACACCGAACCACACUAUACUUCAGUAUGCCAGUGUUGUAUAAUAGUAAAGCUCUAAGUGUAAUUUUCUCCUCUAACCCGCGCCUUCCCCACUCUCCGCUGCCUGACCUUUCCCCCUCACCCCAGCCCUCUUCCUUACCUCCGGAAGCCUUCUCAGCCCCCUUUUUCUUCGCCACCUAUUUAAAUGACUUAGUAAUAACGUGGAAUGUGUGAGCAUGUUGUGUUUCAAAAGGUCCGUGGCCGUCGGAUAUUUUUGAAGUACACUUUGUAUAAUGUAGCUAUCAUGUAAUUAUACCAGCUGAUGAUGAUGAUGAUUAAAAGGAAAACAUAAUCGGAAGGAAAGAGAUUAACUAACACACACAUACACACACACACACACACCAGCAUGAGAAACAAAAAGCUAACGUAAAAGAAAAAAAACAGUCUGAUCGCGAUCGUAAAGUUGCGUUCCGUAUAUACGCGAACGCUGCCGCAACUUCGAGUAAAGAUUAUGUGAAUAAAGAAACACCACAUAUUAUAAUUUAGCUACACGAGACACGCACACAUAUACACACACUGAGAAACGCUCGGGACACGCACUUAUUACGUAUAGUACACGUACACAUAGCCACACAUGCGCGCACACACACACACACAUAUAGUAUGCGUGCACGUAUACAAGAGCAAGUACUCGUAUACGCCAGCAUAUGUACACACGCAAUACACACGCGCGUACAUCACUCGCGAGUAUACGCGGAUGCGCAUACGCGAAACCGUUCGAACAGCUCUCAACAGCACGUGGAAGGUGAUCUUGUAUUAUUUUUUUCUUUUCCUCUUCCCCUCUUUCGCUUUUUCGUUAAGUCACUUUGGCAAAUUAACAAAAAGGGACGAGAACGACGCGACGAUCCGGUGAAUGACCGCCGCGCCGUCGAUCGCACGGCAGAACUCGAUUAAGGUCAGCGGUCGACCUUGGUUGGGUGGACCAAAUUCUCGGGCGACCGGCGACUACUCCUGUGGCGGAUGUCGACGUUAGCCAAAUAGCAUGGCGAACGUCGACAUUGUCGAGAGAUAUUAAUACACGCACAUAACACCAGCUCCGGAAUUCCGUUUGUUUUUUUUUUUUACUUUAUUUUGCAAGACGAGAAAUCUCGGUGAAACGGUAAAAACUCGACACCAAGGCGCAUUCCUUGCUCUUAGCUCGCGUUACGCGGAGGAAAGAAUGCGUCGGACGCUUCUUCGUACACUCGGCUAUCCGAAGGACUUUGACUCCCGAGGAACGAGAAGCAUGUCUCAACUCUUCUUCCUCAUUUCUUCUCUUUGCGAAUUGGAUACGCUUGUUAUGUGUACAACGUCGUCGGACUGUUGAGACCUCGCGGUAAGAGUCUCGAACGGAGUCGCAUCCAGGCGCAUCCGGUGUGUGCGCAGUUUUCCUUUUCCUUCCUUCCUUCUUUCCUCUUUUCCUCCCUCCCUCGCUCCCUCCCUCCCUCCCUCCCUCCCUCUCUCUUUCUUUUCCUUCCUUUCUUUCUCCCAAGUUUUAUUUAAAAAAUUGUACAAUAGCGAGGCGAACGAGCGAAGAUUGCUGCGAGAGCUAGGAGAAAAAAAAGAGGAGAAAGAAAAUGAACAGGCUAAACAGCACGACGAAGUUAAACGGAAACGGUAAUCGAGUGUAGAUUUAAAUAAACGAUUUUACUAGCGAAAAUGAGGGAAUAAUCGUAAACGACAAAAAACCCAAAAGUAUUUGGCUUAGUAUGGCUGUGUUUAGGGCAGUGUUGUAAAUCUCUGAAAGUGGUGUACCUCUGUGGUAGUGGACUCUUUACCGAGAGUGCGGAGGAGAGAGAGACAUUCGAACGCUGCGCGCGCCAACGCGAAAACUCGCGCGUGUACGCGCGCCCGACAUUAACGUUUAAAUUGUUGACGAGAAGAAUGAAGCUUCUGUUAUUAAUAUCAAACCGAACAGCACGCCGAUCGUCGUCUCGCCGUAUGCGCGCGACGGAAAGAAAAAAAAAGGAAAAAGAGAGAGAGAGAGAGAGAGAGAAAGAGGUAAAAGCAGAUAUAGAGACGAUCGAGCGAUGCUCGAGGACGACGUUUGGUGCCGUCUCCGUGGCGCGCCCAUUGCCGAGGUGCAAGGGCGAGCGACGUGAGGCCGCGAUGAUAGUCGGACCCUUGCGCGACACACGGUCGAUCGACAAUACCAACCAAUGGUGCUUGCAACCGACAUUCUAGGCAUUUCUCUCAUGGACGGUUGCACGUGGAAGCGUGCGAAGUGCAUUGCGGCGAAGUCGGUGCCGCGGAGGGACGCGUUGGUGCGCGAGGCAUUCGUAGCGAUUUACUAUUGUAAGCGAGAGAGCGAGCGAGCGAGCGAGCGAACGAGCGGUGCAUAGAUAGAUCGAGAGACAGAGGUGAAUGAAACAUACGCAACGCUAUAUAUAUAUAUAUAUAUACAUAUAUAUAUAUAAAUAUAUAUUAUAUACGAUUUUUAUUUGUUCUUUUUCACCAAUUUUUUUUCUUUUUUUAUAUUUAUCGAACGUAUAUCCGAGGAUGAUGUAGGCCGCGAUUUAUAAUACAUACACACCCCAAGAAAAAAAAAAACGCGCGCGCGCGCGCGAGACAAUGAAGAGUAACAUUAUGAAUUAAUUAAUUAAUUAAUUAUCCGAUAUAGACGAUAACUGCAGACAAAGCUAUGGAAUAUGAUAAUUAUUAUUACAAUAUUAUUAUUGAAAUACCGAAUAUAUAGAGUACUACUUUUUAUUAUGACUUUUCGUAAAUAGUGAAUUAAUUAUCUAAUUAAAGAUUGAUGAGACGCAUAAUGUAACGUUUAUCCCACCCACACCCCCUUCCGUCGAGACGAGCCGACCGAUCUCUUUCCCCGUUUUUAUCCCCCUCGACACAGCGGGCCGCCGUGCGAGGGAGGAGAGGGGCCCGUCGCUCUCUCCCUCUUCCUUCCUCGGCAGCUCCGCGCUCUCGUCCUCCGAUAACAGUGCAUUCGUGGCGCGGAUAAGAAUUGCACAAUUACGCGAUGCGUGUGUUCCUCUGUUUGCGCGACGGAAUUUCGGCCGUUCUCGCGGAACGGCGCCCCGAGCAAAAGACGUCGCCGACAUAACCGAAGAGAGAAAAAAAAAAACGUCUUUACCUCUCCUCCCGACGAAGAAGAAACCGCAGAGUGACUUAGGAAAAAAAACUUUAGUUACACUUAUGACCGCCCGUCGUCGUCCUUUUUUUACCGAUCGUUUUUAGUGUAUAAAUGAAAAGAGAGAAAAAGGAAGAAAAAAAGAGAACAGAAACGUAAUAACGCCGCCGCACACACACACACACACGUGCUCCGACGUGUUCACAACGCCAGUUCCAGAAAAGAGAGAUAGAGAGAAAGAGAGAGAGAGAAAGAAAGAAAAUAAUAAAAGAAACUUUUGCUACCGUCGUUUUUAUAAUUUUAGAAAUGCAAAACGGAUAUCUUUUUUAUGUAAUUUGCAACAUAUAGAUAAGAGUAAUGUAUGUUGAUCGUGAAUAUAUAACGAGCAUUGUUAUAUGAUUAUUAAAAGAAAGAGUUUCGAAAAUACAUUCCAUUUUUAUUUUUCCGCCGGCUUAGACUGUACACGAGCGAGGAGGGGGGCCCCUUUACACAGCACCGUUUGUACCGUCGCAAUUGCAUCUACCUGCGUGCGUUUGUAGAAGUGAAACCGAAAUCUACGAUGCGAGAUUGCAAUUUGAAGAGUCUCGGCGAUCGCCUCCGCCUCGCGCCCAAGUCGUUCGAGCCGUGAGAGAGGAGAAACUCGAGUUUUUUCUGUAUAUAUCCGAGGGGCGACUCUGGACGAGCGGAUAUCAGCGAUGAACGCAUAUUCGUCGUGUAGCCCUUCGGAUUUUUAUUCAUUUUUUUUUCUUUAACCCUCUUUUUUUCUUACUUUCUACACACGUUAUGUGACAGUGAUCGAAUGCGAUCCGGUCUAUCUACAAGCUACAAGCUACAAGCUUGUUCACAAUACUCGCACAAUAUCCAUAGCUUCGUUGAGGUUCUUUUUGCUGUUCUCGCGGCUGGGGUAAAUGCGACGGAACAUCUUUUCCCUCCAUCCCCAUGUAAGUCUCUAUAAAUAGUUAGAAAAUCGUCCGAACUUCUUAUUUGUCAGAAAUCGUACAAUUGUCACUCCCAUCGAUAAAGGGAGGGAAAGAGAAAUUCGUCAUAUUUAUCCCAAUGUAACGAUAAUCACGAUUGGUUCUCUAUAUCAAUAUCGUUAGCUCUACUGAUUAAUUUAAAUUGAAAAAAAGCAAAGACGCGUGUUCCCGCAAUGAAAAUGGCAAAUUUCCACUCGAUUUCCGUAGACUUCCGCUUCAGCCGACGCGCGCAUUUCGGUCCCGACGUCGCGCUUGUUCCUCCUUAAUCGCGCUCCGGGCGCGCGAAGGUCCUCGGGCUUUCUCGAUUCGCGCGAGCGUUUCCCUCGGCGAGAAGCUCCCCACUGCCUCGCUCGAAGCUUUCCCACUUCGGUUGCGGCCACCUCGGGUCCGAAACGCGACAGCCGCGGGGACCGAAAUACGCGGGGCCGGGAAGUCGCUCUAGACAGGUCGAUUCUGGUCUUUUUCACGUUUGGCCGGCGCCCUCGCUGUCUCCCCCUUGUUUCUUUUCACCUAGCUAAUAUAAGGGAUUAACACACGUCUUACUUUUACUAAUCGCAGCGGGUAGCUUAAGGUAACGUAAGAAAAUGAUAUUACUGAGGUGUAAGAGAAUUAUACAUAUAUGUGUAUAUAUUUAUACAUAACACUACCAUUAACACAACAUGAGAAUCUAACAUGAAAUAAAGUUUACGUAUCAUUAUUUGAAAA